GAGAGGGGGAGGCGGGACGUGCAGAAGUUGUUCAUGUCGGGAGAGCGCACCGCGAGUCCAACCUGAACCUUUCCACGCUCCGGAGCGCAAAGGAAGAUGUUGCUCGAAUCUUAAGGCUUCACAGACGUCUGCGGCGGGUUACUGACGAGGUUUUAAAUCAUCAGCAGCAUCUUUUAUCUGCAGAAAGCAUCGUCAAGCGCUGAUGUAUCGAUGAAUUUCUCCGGGAAACUAACAAACGCCCUCCUGCUGGUGCUCCUCGCAGCGCAAGGCUGUUUUUCAUCGAAGGGUGAGGACAGAUUAUUUCGGAGGUUGUUCAGGAGGUACAACCAGUUCAUCCGACCAGUGGAGAAUGUCUCAGAUCCAGUCACAGUGGAGUUUGAGGUCUCCAUAUCUCAACUGGUCAAAGUGGAUGAGGUGAAUCAGAUCAUGGAAACCAAUCUUUGGCUGAGACAUGUCUGGAACGACUACAAACUGAAAUGGUCCCCUGUUGAGUACGAUGGGAUUGAGUUCAUACGAGUUCCAUCCAAUAAAAUUUGGAGGCCAGACAUUGUUUUGUACAACAAUGCUGUUGGUGACUUCCUUGUGGAAGACAAGACCAAGGCUCUGCUGAAGUUCGAUGGCACCAUCACCUGGGUUCCUCCAGCUAUUUUCAAAUCCUCCUGCCCCAUGGACAUCACCUACUUCCCCUUUGACUACCAGAACUGCUCCAUGAAGUUUGGCUCCUGGACGUACGACAAGGCCAAGAUUGACCUGGUGCUCAUUGGCUCAAAGGUGAACCUGAAAGACUUCUGGGAAAGUGGAGAGUGGGAGAUCAUCGACGCUCCAGGAUACAAGCAUGACAUCAAGUACAACUGCUGCGAGGAAAUCUACCCAGACAUCACCUACUCCUUCUACAUCCGCCGCCUGCCUCUCUUCUACACCAUCAACCUCAUCAUCCCCUGCCUCCUCAUCUCCUUCCUCACAGUGCUGGUCUUCUACCUCCCGUCUGACUGCGGCGAGAAGGUCACCCUGUGUAUCUCGGUCCUCCUCUCCCUCACUGUGUUCCUGCUGGUCAUCACUGAGACGAUCCCUUCGACGUCACUCGUCAUCCCUCUGAUCGGAGAGUACCUCCUCUUCACCAUGAUUUUCGUCACGCUCAGCAUCGUCAUCACUGUCUUUGUGCUGAAUGUCCACUACCGCACCCCCAUGACGCACACUAUGCCAGAGUGGGUGAGGUCUGUGUUCCUCGGGGUGCUGCCCAGGGUGAUGCUGAUGAGGCGGCCUAUCGACCAGGGCUGCUCCUCCCCUGCCAGUAUUACAGGAGGGACGGGAGGGGGUGAAAAAAGAAACAAGAAGAGAAAGAACAGCAUAGGAUCAGGAAGUGGCUCAGGAAGCGUAAGUGUUGGAGGUAUAACUGGGGGCGUAGCGUGUCCACCGCUUGAUGGGGGGGCAGGAGGCGGAGGCGCCACCUCAGCUGGCAGCUCCAUGAACUGUGUGGAGUACGGUGAGAUGAACCGCGACUUGAACCGGGAAAUGAACCGGGACAUGAACCGGGAUAUGAACAGGAGGUGCCCCUACAGAGGCAAGGAGGUACCGACUCCUGUCCCUCCCCCAAUGGUGCCACCACCACCCCCUCCUCCUCCACAGGCACCCCCGACACAAGGGCCCCAGGAGUCAGAGCUGCCCAAGCUGACGAGGCCCCUGAAUACCCCCUCGCCUGUCAACGCUGUUGUUGCCUUCUCCGUGGUGUCUCCAGAGAUCAAGCAGGCCAUAGAGAGCGUGAAGUACAUCGCAGAGAACAUGAGGACUCGCAACAAAGCCAAAGAGGUGGAGGACGACUGGAAGUACGUAGCCAUGGUCAUCGACAGGAUCUUCCUGUGGGUUUUUGUGACAGUGUGUGUGCUGGGAACAGUGGGACUCUUCCUCCAGCCACUCAUCAGCUUCUUAAAAUGAGAAAACGUGUCUUUGUCUUGUCGACUUCUCUCUCUUUGUGUCCUCUUCUGUGUGUCUCUGUUCCCCCACUUGAAUUACUUUGGGAAUUAUCCCUCCUGCAGCUCUCUCACAUCAAACACUGAGCUGUCUUCUUUCUCCUUUUCUGGUGCUUUGUCUCUCCUCUCUCUGUCUCAUGCUUUUCUCUGGGACUCCAUCAUCAGCCAUCACUUCUAGCCCUCAGCUGUCUGUUUCCUCACAUGACUUACCCCGAUUUCCCCAUUUCAUCUUUGCCUUGCCCCCUCACUGUGCACGCAACACUGUUAUCCAGUCUCCUCCUCCCCAUUGCAGAUUUCUCUGACAUGAUUAUCACAUCUGCUCUCCUUUCCUCCUUCUCUGUCUCUUUCUCCUCUCCUGUGCCAUGUUUUGACCUGCCACUGCCUGCAGCUUAUCUCCUCACGGCCGUCUUCUCUCUCUCCCAUUGUGUUCGCUCUUCUCUGCAUCUGUGUUCUGUACGUUUUACUGAAAAUGUCCACUCAGUCAUUGCUAUUGUACAGUCUCAUACAAUAUGUUUAACAAUGUCAGGUAAUUAUUAAAGUGAUUAUUAUUAUAAUUGCUAUAGAAGAACUUCCUAACAUACAAAGCACUGAGAAAGAAGAAGCUGAAUAUCCUCAUGAGUACUGCAGUAGGACUUUGUCAUGGUAAGCCAGUGCAAUAAAGACAACACACCUUUGAGAAAUGUGGUACAGUAUGUACGUUUAAUUUAUACGUUAAUGGGGACCUAUUAUGCUUUUGUUUAUUUUCUGUUUUAAUGUCAUUUGUAAGUAUUAAAUGAUGCCAAAGUUUUAAAUGAUUAAGUAACUGGAUGUAAAAAUAAUCCCUGCAAGCCUAAUGUUGUGUUGAAUGCUAAAAUAUUUUGUGUUGACUCGAUGCAUAUGCGUGAAUACCUCACAUCAUACAUGCAUGAAGUCACUAAAUCAGUAAAUGAACUUCCGCUGGUAUGUCCUCGGUGUCAUACGUCCUCUGAGGAUCUCAAUGCUGAUUGGCUAUUGCGGCAUGAAUCUGUCACUGAAGUUCAGAUUUUUCAAGUCUCAUGAAUAAGUAUAUGACGCGAAACUGCACUACUUGCUUCAUUCAUGCCGCUUAAUUUGCAUAUUUCAUGUAAUUCGUAUACAUAUAUAUAUAUGUGUAUAUAUAUAGAUAUAUAUAUAUAGCUCAACUCAACAAGGUAAACAACAAGGCGAUUCCCAUUUACACAGUGAUCAAGAGUGCUGGACCAGAAGUGUUGCACAAAAAAACGGAAGCUGGCUGCGUUCUGUUUUGCCUCAGUGUUUCCGUGAAAAAUAAGGUGAAUAAGAUAACUUGAGAUUGUGACAAAUUUCUUUAUAUGGUCUUCUGUUCCAGGCACAUUAUUGCAAGUGCUACAUGAAGCUACAUGCUAACGUCAGGGAAACAUGUAGCCUAAUAUUGGUUGCCAAUGGUGUAAAUUUCUCCCCGUUUUACGAUCAUAUUCCUGCUGAAACCAAUCUGGUCUCACUCCGAAGUAAUUGAAAACUGGCACUUGGGCAGUGACUUCUGCCAUCAGAGACUGAUGGUAUACAAACAGCUGGUAGCGUCAGAGGGAAAUGGGCGGGUCAAGAACAAAGGUUAAGGCAGCG